AACAAAAAUUGGUGAGAUUUUUCUUCUACUCUAUAUCUUAUUUACCAAGUUAAUCAUUUUUCUUUAACAAACUUUUUUUCUCUCAAUCUGAGUUUUGCUUCUUCUCAUCGAUUCUUGGAGAAAUUGAUUAAUGGUGAUGAAACAAGUAGCUGAAAAUGAAGUUGUGGAGUUAACAGAUGGGAGAAACAUUUGUUGUCUUGGACUGGAAGGGAUUGAGCUCUGUUUCUGUAUUUGAAUAGUUAUCCUUGUCUCCUUAUAGUCUUAAUCAGCUUCGUACUAGUUACUGGAAUCAUACAGCUCUGUCAAAGAGAUUCAAGUCUUAAUUACUCUUUUGCAUUCCAUGAGUCUGGGAAUUUGGUAAAGCCAUCUCGUAGUUUCUUUCCCAAGAUGGAGUGGAAUGUAAAGUGGGACUGGGGAAAUCUGGUAAUGUUUGGUUCAAAGGCCUCUGAAAGUCCAAAAGAACUACAAUUAACAGAUUGGGGAGUUGAAGAAGAGGGAGAACUUGAUGGGGGAUCUUUUAAUUUGUCAAGUGGUGGUAGUGGCACGGGUGGCUAUGGUUCUGAUGUGAAGUGUGGUUCUUCCAUCAAAAGCUCAAUAUCAGCUUCUACUGACUCUUCACCAAAGGAGGGCUUUAAAGUAUCCAACUUUGCUUUUGAGACAUUUAAUGCCUCUCCUGAGGAUCCUAGUAAGAAAUUGGAAUCCUCCAAAGCCGAGGUCUCUAGAAAUUCACCACCCAUGGAGGCUUCAGUAGGCUCUGUUGAACCAGUGAUAGGUCUAAAAAUUGGUAAGCGGACAUGUGAAACCUUUGGUGGUGGAAGCAGUGCUAAGGUUUCAUCCUUCCCCCCGAACCCCACAUCAUCUGCUGCUGCAACAAAGAAAGCAAAAUCAUCUACUCAGAAUGCACCAAUUCCUCACUGUCAGGUUGAAGGUUGCAACCUUGAUCUUUCUUCAGCUAAAGAAUAUUAUCGUAAGCAUAGAGUUUGUGACAGUCAUUCCAAAAGCCCAAAGGUUAUUGUAGCAGGUGUAGCACGCCGCUUUUGUCAACAGUGUAGCAGGUUCCAUAGCGUGUCCGAAUUUGAUGACAAGAAGCGAAGCUGUCGUAGGAGGCUCUCUGAUCACAAUGCACGGCGCCGCAAACCUCACCAGGAAACUAUCCAGUUCAAUUCAGCGAGGCUUUCGUCGUUGUUUUAUGAUAGCAGGCAACCUAUGAAUCUUGUGCUCAACGAAGCACAACUCAUUCACUCCAGAGCUGCUGCAAACGCUACCUGGGAGAGCACUCAAGACUCUAAGUUCAGUAUAACAAGAGAGUUUACUCCAAAGCCUGAAAGAACUGGCAGCACAAAUGGGAAGUCACUACUGGAGAGGAACCAGUUUUCACGGGCUGUGGGUGCACACAGUAACGCAUCUAGCUUGCUCUUGCCCUCCAAGGGCACCACAGCCGAGGUUUUUAAUCGAGGUGCCAAGGAAUCCAUGUUCAAUAUGGUUACAGGACCGGAAUUUCCUCGUGCUCUCUCUCUUCUGUCAACUAAUUCGUGGGGUUCAUCCGAGCCUGAGAGUGUUUCACUCAACCAUGCAAAUCAGACCAGCAUGCCCGAGCAGAUGAUGCAGGCAAUUCCACCGCAUAUGUCCAGUCAAUACUGGCAGGCUGGACAACAUUCAUCUGAUCCUCGUUACCAUACAUUGGCUGCUGCAAAUAGUAACAGUGGUGGUAGCUUUCAGGAAAUGGGAGUGUUCAAAGCUCCUUUCGACACCGACUUUUAUCUCAAUGCAUUGAACUGAAGCCAACAACUGAUGACUUUUGUGUAUUUUCAGGACUUGGUGAGAUGAAGCAGAAGGUCUGUUAGUAUGAUGAUGACCUUGAAGCAAAUUAGUUCUGGUAUAUAAUAUAUAUAUAGGUUGGGCUUUUAAACUAUUAUGAAAGUCUAAUAUUAUGAAUUAUGCAGUAAAUUUUUUUGUUUGCUUUAUUUAAGCAGUGAGACAUGAAUUCCCAAGAACUGUAAUUUCUUGAUUCUGCAACUUGGAAUAUAACUGCACAGUUUAUCCUUUUUUGUUUUUAA